GGGAAAUUUCCCGUUACAAGCCAAAUUAAAAUCUAAAUGCGAAGGAUAAUUAUUGUCCGCCAAAGAUUCCCGACAGAUGGAGGAUAUAUACAUUAAAUAUAUACUGUUUGCAACGUGCUGAAAACUGCAGACAACAUUCCGUUAUCAAGCUUGCCAGGGCAAUAUUUGUUUCGUAUAUUCUUGCAUUGAUUUGCAUUCAUUAAUGACGUUUCCUAAAAGCCCAGGAUAAAUUAGAGCUAUAUAUAGUGAAUAUUUAUCCUUUAAAAUCUCUUAGAUCCACUCAGGGGAGGCGGCGGAAGUAUUUCAGCAGGUUCAGCAGGAUGAUUAUAGUGGAAGACAUGCCUUUGGCAAUCAUACUGAUGCUUCUAUCCCUAUUUUGUCUGGGCUCAUGGCCCCUAUAUUUUAAUAUCUUGGAGCGACGUGGAAGGCUACCACAACAUACAUACCUCGAUUAUUCUGUGAUGAAUUUUAUUGUUGGAUCUGUGUUCGCAUUAUUGCUGGGACAACUUGGAGAGGAAACUCCAAACAUGCCUAGCUUCAUCACCCAGUUACAGCAAGACAAUUGGCCCGCUGUUGCUUUGGCCAUGACUGGUGGAUUUGCAUUAUGCUUAGGAAAUAUUUUGAUGCAAUACUCUCUUGCCUUUUGUGGUAUUUCAUUGACGGAGGUGGUAUCUGCAAGUUUGGCAGUAGUUGGUGGUACAACUAUAAAUUAUUUUUUGGAUGAUGGAUUGAAUCAAGCAGGCAUGCUUUUCCCUGGGGUUGGUUGCUUCUUGGUGGCUGUAAUUUUGGGAUCACUUUGCCAUGCUUCUAAUGCAGCAGAUAUUGAUGCAAAGUUGAAUCCUUAUAAAUGGAAGCUAUCACUGGAAAGCCAAGAUGAAAUAUAUAGCGAUGGAGACUCUUCAAUGUCUGACUUGCUUGUUCAUAAAUGUGAAGGCAAUGUCAAGGGAGGUGACCAUUUUGUCAGGAGUGUACAAGAACAGCAAGGACAGAAACAAUAUAAAGCAGUAAGCAAAGAAUCGUUUGAGCUUAUUGAACAUCAAAGAGCCAUAAAGGUUAAGGGUUCUAGUGUUCUUCUUGGACUGGUGCUUGCAUUCUUGACAGGAACCUGCUAUGCGUUGUUCUCUCCUCUAUUCAACCUUGCAACAAAUGACCAGUUGCAUUUAUUGAAACCUGAAGUGUCCCAUUUAUCUGUUUACACAGCCUUCUUUUAUUUCUCUACAGCUUUCUUUAUGAUUGCAAUAUUGGUGAACAUAUGGCUCCUCUACUUCCCAAUUCUUGGUGUUCCAUCAUCAUCUCUGUCAAACUACUUCUCAGACAACAAAGGUCGUCAUUUUGCAAUUGCGGCAGGUGUUGUUUGUGGGUUGGGUAAUGGAUUUCAGUUCAUGGGUGGCCAAGCUGCAGGGUAUGCAGCAGCUGAUGCUGUGCAGGCAUUACCCUUAGUUGGCACAUUUUGGGGUGUAGUCUUAUUUGGAGAGUAUAGGAACUCUUCAGCAAAAACUUACAUGCUACUUGCAGGCAUGCUAACAAUGUUUACAGCUGCUGUUGUAUUCCUUGUAGCUUCAUCGAGGGAAAGAAAAGUUUGAUAUGACUUCAAGCUUCCUUGCGAGUUCUAUUUAUUGGAUUGUAUCUUAUUACCAUUCUUUGGGCCGAUUCAGCCAUUGAAAUGCCAUUCUCCGAAUUGGUGGUUUCUGAUAUUGGUUGAUCUAACAAGCAUAUGGUCACAGUCAAUAAUUAUGUAAUGCCACAUGAAAUGGAUGAAAUCUUAUUUCACUGGUGGCAGCAAAAAGGUAGUUUGUUGGGCACUUUUCUGAUGAUAGAAAAUCAAACAGUCUGUGCUGCUUUCUUGAACUAAAUGAAUCUAUUUGAGAACAAUAGUUUUUGUGGAAAAGUCUGUCUACAAACUGAUAUCAAAGAACUGAAACAAGCGAUGUUUUGGCCUUUGGCUUACACUUUGUGACUCAUCAUUAGGAUAAUUGAUGAAUAUAGAUUGCAUAUAUGGAGCUCCUUA